UCUCUUUGAAAUUUGCGAUAAAAAUGUGUGCGCGUGCGCAGUGGUGUUGUUGUGGUGUGAUCGAUGCGGGGCUGGCGGGUCCGGAGGCGCCUCUAAUUCACCUCAUUUGAUGCUUAGCAGCGCUCCCCGUGUUCCCCAUGAUGGCAUCCCAAGAUGACCUGGGGAUGCUUUGGUACGGAGUGACAGGAGUGUCCUUCAACCCAGCGGACCCAGCUGAGGUGAUGCUGAACACGGGCACCACUGCGCCCUUGCUGUCUGACCAUCCCCGGCCCUUGGUGCCCACCCCAGUACCCUACACCGAGCCCUCUACCACACAGCACACCCAGAUGUUGUAUGACCCUAACACCGGUGACUACGUGAGCCAGCCAGAAUACAUGUAUGAGGCCUACGAUGGGUACGAUGAGGACUCCUCCAGCAGCCAGGUGAUGCAGCAGCAGGGCACUCCACCAAUCACGGAGCCUGGCAUGGUGGAGCACCCGGAUGAGUCUCCGCCGCCCAUGCCUAAGUCCAAGAAGCCAAAGGUUCACCAACACCCAGCACUGAAGUUGAAAACUCCAAUAGCUUACCAGAAAGACACAGACUUGAGUGCUAUUCCCAUCAUGCGGGAAGGAAUGGGUAAGGCCACUUCUCAAGACUUUACAAGGCCUUUCGAACUGAUAACGGUUUGUGAGAAGUGUGGAGCCAUUGGAGUCAAACAUGCAUUUUAUGGGAAGGAGAGAAAGUUCUGCAGUUUGUCAUGUGCUCGUGGACCGCUGCCCCCAUCGCAGGCUCUGGCUGUGGCCCGGCAGAUGGAGAAGGAAGUCCCUGAAGAACCUGCCAAGGUUGUGCUGCCAACACCUGAGCAAAUUGUCAACCAGGUUCCUCCUUUAUCUCCUGAGGUAUUGCCCCAAGGCGGCUCAACGAUCACCAAGCCUAGCCAGGUGGUGCAGCCUCAGCCUGUCACAGUGCCCCAGGAAACCUUGUCCUCCCCUACGUACCUUCCCCCAUCAGAGUCUACGGUGGACCUAGAAGGAACAUUUUCGUGGGCCUCUUCUUACCUGGAUGAUUCCAACUUCAAAGCUGUUCCUGUUAGUUGUUUUAAACAUGCUCCCAUGGCUGAGUGCUGGGACCAGAUGAGUGCCGGCAUGAAGGUGGAAGUGGGAUGUGGGGAGGAGGGGGUCACCAAGGAUGCCUACUGGGUGGCCACUGUCAUUGCUAUAGGAGGAUUCAAAGCCAAGCUGCGAUUUGAAGGCUUCGUAGAGGACAGUUCCAAGGAUUUCUGGGUGGACUUGUGCUCAGAGGAGGUGCAUCCGGUGGGUUGGUGUGCCACGCAAGGCCGGCCACUCAUCCCUCCGCGCAGCAUCCAGCACAAGUACAAGGACUGGAAGGAGUUCCUCAUGCGCCGGCUCACUGGUGCACGCACACUGCCUACCAACUUUGUGUCCCGUGUUGUGGAGAGUCAGAAGUCCCGGUUCAGGCCGGGGCUUAACCUUGAAGUUGUGGAUAAGAACAGAAUUGCACAAAUGAGAGUGGCUACAGUGACGGAGGUUGUGGGGAAGCGUCUGCACCUCAGGUAUCACGGAGCACCUCCUGACGACAACGGAUUCUGGUGCCAUGAGGACGCUCCCAUCAUUCACCCGGUGGGCUGGUCAAGGGAGGUGGGCCAUGAGAUAGUAGCAAGCCAAUCCUACCAUGAAAAGUGCAUCCGUGGCACCUACGACCCCAAUGACGCCCCACCUGAGCUGUUCGUUGCAACCCCCUUGCCUGCCUAUCUUCGGAAUGCCAAGACGACUUUUGCAGAGGGGAUGAAACUGGAAGCCAUCGAUCCUCUCAACUUAUCUGCAAUCUGUGUGGCAACGAUAAUGAAGGUCCUACACAACAACUACCUCAUGAUAAGGAUAGACAGCUAUGAAUCAGACGACACAUGUUCUGACUGGUUCUGCUACCAUGCAACCUCCCCCUGUAUCUUUCCUGCUGGCUUUUGCGAGAUGCACAACAUCCCCCUGACGCCUCCCCGGGGCUAUGAGGGACAGUUCUCCUGGUUUACAUACCUCAAGAAGACUCAGGCCACUGCUGCACCGCCAUCCCUCUUCAACAGGGAAGUGCCCACUCAUGGCUUUGAGGAAGGGAUGGCUCUGGAGUCGGCAGAUUUGAUGGAUCCACGGCUGGUUUGUGUGGCCACAGUGAAGCAGGUGAAGGGAAGACUACUGAAGGUGCACUUUGAUGGCUGGGAAAGUGAUUUUGACCAGUGGAUUGACUACCAGUCCCCUGAUAUCUAUCCUGUUGGCUGGUGUGACAUGUCUGGCUACAGACUGGAGGGACCAAAGUCUGAAGUCCUCUGCACGUCCCUUACAGUUCUUACACCACAAGUGCCAAAGAGAAAACCAAAAGGUGGGUGGAAGUAUGGGAAGCCUGGGCGACGGGGGCGACCCAUGGGGAACAAGAAGCUGGGUAAGGUGGGCAGUGGCAGCAUGAACACCAAUGGCAAUUCAGCACUUGCCCAGAAGCGAAGAGGCCGCCCACCCAAAGAAAGGAACCAGGGUGAGACAGGAUACGACGAGUCACCCACCCCGCACAUCAAGCCCAUCGAAAAUGAGAAUUCAGACUUCUUACCGAUCGAAGAAGAGAGCUCGUCAGCUCCCAGAGUCCAUCGAAGCCACAACAAAAAAGAUGCCAGACGAUCUCCCAGGGCCGCUAGCACUCUCUCUACUACUGCCAGUAACACUAAGACUCUCCCUGUGAGGUCCACCCGAGCGAGGACUCUCACAGGCUCCUACAACCAGUCAGAUGAGGAGGAUAUCUCAGAUGAAACAUCAUCAGGCGUCGCCUCACUGGACGGCAACGAAAGCUCUGGGGAGGCUUGGGACGUGGACGAGAAGUCGUGCAAUCCAUCAUCAGCUGCUUCGUCUACACCUCCAUCGAGUCUGCCUGGGGAUUUGUCCAAUGCAAGCUUCACUCCUUCCUCUGUGUCAGAAACUAAAAUGGGGAAUUUCACAAGCCAUCCUAUUCAGUUUGAUCAGCCUAGUGCAGAAGACAACACUUGCUAUUCAAAUGCAUCACCAAACUUGCAGAGCAGAAUUGAACCCAUGAGAAAUGUGAGAAAUGUAUGUUCCAAUAGUACAAUACAGCAAGUUGCCCAGACAGUCAAUGAGUCAUCCACAGUCAAGGGCUCGGCCACACAGACUGUCCCCUUCACCACCAGUAUAAAAGCCAGUACCUCAGGAAAUCCUAGAGACUUGAUCAAGUCCCAAGUUCCUGGGCAGCUUUCCUCUCAGAAAAAUGGCAGUCUUCAGCAGGAUAAGACAACAUCCCAGUCUCCAGUUGUAACAUCCACAGUCACCCAACAAGUGUCCACCAAUCCUCAAGUGUCCCUUGUGUCAGCAACACAGAGUGAGAGUGAAACUAAAUACUUUAUUCCAAGGCUCAUUGACGGCCCAGUGAAGGACGGAUCAAAGGUUCGGCCCAAGCUGUGGACACCUCAAGACGUCGCCGAGUUCCUCAAGACUAACGACUGUGGGGCUUAUUGUGACAAUUUUAUAUCACAAAACAUCCACGGCUCCAAGCUCCUGACACUGUCCCAGAAUGAAGUGAUGGGCCUCACAGGAAUGAAGGUUGGCCCCUCCCUCAAGAUACACGACCUGGUGCAGCAGCUGCUGGCCCUGGUCAACCCCGCCCAGGCCCGAUACCAGGCCACGCUCAUGAAGAGGGGACUCUCCUUCACGUAGGGCACUUCCUCCCCUCCUUUACCAAAUAGUGUGAGUAAUAGUAGAACGUGUUGGCAUUCUUACAGUUCACUGGAUGUGGGAAGGUUCAGCCACUUACCUAAUAUUUAUGAUAAAUUGGUGUCUUAGGUAAGACUAGACCACUGAAACUAUAACAAAUAAGAGUAAUAUGCAUUUUUAAUAAUACAUUUCCUGUGGCAUUUUGGGCAUACAAGAUUACUGUCAGUCAGUCAGUGCAUAUUACAUACUUUCCUGUAAAUUAGUGAUUGCUCCAUAAAAGUGUACAUAUAUAGAUAUUUUUGGAUCCUUCAAAGAAAAUACCACAUUUUAUCCUGGGUUUCCUUUACAACAUAAGAAAUAGUCCUGAGCCUGAAAUGCAAAGGAACACAGUCCAAACUGCUUUACUUCAUAGUAAGAUAUUUUUCCAAUAUGCUGAAAUACCUGGGGCAUUAUUUUAUUACUUACAAGCUAACUUAAGUUAAUCCAACAAACUCCAGUUUUCAGUUGAAAAUUACGACAUAAAUAACUGAGGAGGCACCUAGAGCCCAGAGUUGUGUAAAUAAUUGAUAGGCUAUUUUAUAGAGUAUCAUUUAAGUAAUUAGUGUAUAUACUGUAUUUGUACGAUGUGCAUAAAUGUUAAGUUAAUGACUAGAACACUAAAUGGCCCAGUAAAAUAAAUGGCCUAAAUUUGUAGGAGAUUUGCUGCAUGUAGGCUGACAUGGUUACUAGUUUGGCUUGGAACCAGCAAAUAGAAGAUAUCAAACAGAUAGUUCAUAGUUUUACCUUUCUGGCUGUAAUUUCAAACCUCUUGAUUAUGUUUAAGCCCUCUCCUCCAAUACGUAAUCUCAUUCUCAGGGUCUCAGAGGGAUGCUUGUGCUAUGCCAGUGUCUAAAAUAUUCCUUCUAAAAUCUUCAUAAUGAUCCUUGGUGAAGUCUUGAACACUUAGAGGCCAGAUGGAAGAAGAGAGAAAUAGAAGAUGUGUGUUUGGCUUCCUUGCAUAUUCAGAUUUGCUUGAGUUGUGCAUAUGAAAUGUUGAUCUUUUGUAUAAUAAUUACCUUGCUCUGUUCAGUUUAAUCUUGUUCAAUGAAUUAGCUAUGCAAUAUUUUGUCCAGUAUUUAAUGCAUUAAUUUUGAAUAAGUUCUCAGAAAAAAAUAACUUGAAAAAACAUUUUAACAGGCAGAGAAUUUGAAAGCAAUGAGAUAUUUGUCUCUUGUUUGUGCUCAAAUCAACAGGCAUGUAAUAUUUUGCUCAUGUAAGUUAUACAUCAAUGUUUUAUUUAGCCAGCCUUUAGAGUAUUAAUAUAUGCUUUUGUAAGCCAGUGACACCUUCUGCAUAGGAUGUUGUAUGGAGUAUGUCCUGCCUCUUUUCCUUCCUUGCCCACCCCCAACAAAACUAUUCUCAGAUUUCAGUAUUCAUUCUCCUGUGUGUGUGUGUGUGUGUGUGUGUGUGUGUGUGUGUGUGUGUAUUGGAAGAGCUUCAGUAAACAUGUUCACUUGACAUUGCACAGUCCAUUCUGAUCUCAUUUCAUACUAGUACUUCUCAAAUACAUUGAUUUUAUCUAAGUUUCAAGUUUUUUAUGAGUUGUGGAUUUGUGCAAAUUGUAAUGUAAAGUUUUAUAUGCAUUUAUUGGUAUGCAAACAUGAACUCUUUCACUGACUUCACCUCCUCCACUUGUAUUGUCAUUGCAGGAAUGAUAGCUUCUUUAGUUAGGUAUGAUGGAGAAUACAAGUCUUUUGAUACAAGGUUCUCUCUCUCUCUCUCUCUCUCUCUCUCUCUCUCUCUCUCUCUCUCUCUCUCUCUCUCUCUCUCUCUCUCUCUCUCUCUCUCUCUCUCUCUCUCUCUCUCUCUCUCUCUCUCUCUCUCUCUCUCUCUCUCUCUCUCUCUCUCUCUCUCUCUCUCUCUCUCUCUCUCUCUCUCUCUCUCUCUCUCUCUCUCUCUCUCUCUCCAUUAUGUUUCCCAGCUGUUGUUUGUCUGCUGUCCUGUGGAACCCUGACAGAGCCAUCCUCUUGUGAGGAGUCCUCAGGAAUGGGUGUUUUAUAUACACUGAGCAUAUUGUUAAUUUAUUAAAUGUAGGAAAAUGGAACAAAUCAUGAACUUCCUUUAGCUUUGGGCAUACUUAGUAAAAUUCAAAUAAACAUACAGAGCUUGUGUCUCCUGGAAUGUUUUAUGCAGAGGAAGUUGUGAGUGUCACUGCAUACUAUUAUGCAAUAUGGCUAUCCAUCACAUUUGUAUUGAGGUGGGUAAAGGGUUAUUGAUUAUUGUUGAUUAAAUGUUUAAGUGUCGUAUCUAAAUUUAGCACACUUUUAUUUAAAUGGAUUUCAUAGGCAUUUUAAGAACAGCAAAUAAAGAAUUUCUUAUUGUAUGAUUUUAAAGUUGGAUAAGGACUGUAGUAACACUCUAAAGAAAAUCUGUGCUCUGGUGUAUCAAGUCACAGUUCCUGAUUGGAGUGAUUUACAAGUGAUUGCUGGUGUGUGUAAGAGUGGCAACACCCUCCCUUCCUUCCUUAUUUCCUUCUUUCUUUCCUUUCCUUCCUUUCUUUCUUUCUUUCUUUCUUUUUUCUUCCUUCCUUCCUCUCCCCUCCCUCCCUCCCUCCACAAAGACAAACUGUACACUGCAUUGUUUGUAUUGAAGACACCAAAGUUCCUCAUUGGUUAAAUAAGCCUUAUUAAUCAUUAAAUAAUUUGUAGAUUGACUUUUCACUCUGACUGGCCGGAUGUGUCUCAGAUUGUGCUGCAAUGUUCUCCAUUUGCAACCAGAGACAUGUAGUUGUUAUCCAUGUGUUGACUGAACCAGUGAGCAAGAAUGACGUUUCUCAAUUACUAUUUCUAAUUUGUCUCCAGUCAUGAGAGUUACUAACAAAGCUAUUUUCUCUAUAUAUACCAAUCUGAACUUGGAAUGUACUUUGUAGUAACUUUCAGUCAUAUUUCAGUACUUUUAGAUUGAUCUGGAAGGUUUAUCCUUAAUUUACUGGUUGAUGAUGCACAUUAUAUUAAGAACAGCUUACUAAAGGAAUGUUUUAAGACACCUGAAAGGAUAAAGAUGGGACUCUGCCAAAUCUCUUGACGUGAUGAGGAAGAUUACACUUGAAUGAAUGCAUGAUUCAUGACUCAUUGUGUUUUGUAAAUUCUUUCCCUUUUUAUUUCAUGGAAAAGAAUUUUUGAAAUGCAAUUGUAAAGCAUGUCAUGGUAUCCGAGUUAGAGUGGUGCCCAUUUGUUACAGAGACCCGGGAGUGGAGUUAUGGGGCUGUAUGCCACUUGUAAAGGCGUAGUUUGAAAUUGAGGAUAGCAAACUUGAAAGUAGUAGUGGUUGUUACUACACCACAGAAGGAACCUGUCAAGAGUACAUCCUGUCCUCAUCUUCAUAGUAUAUUGUACUGUUUGACUUGUUUUCCAACACAAGGCUGUUUGCUGAAGUAAGAGCCUUGCAACAGUGUUCUUUUUAGCCACACAUGUGCAUCUGUGAUACAGGAGAGGAACUCCUAAAACAAAAGCUGCAGCCUUGAGGAUCCCCAGUUACCCCUUAUUUUUACAAGUUCUUGCUGUUGCUGCUACUGCUGAAGUGCAUAAAGCACCAAUAGUUUUUGUAAUUUCAUAUGUAUUUCUAUAAUUAAUUGAAAGCAUUACAGUUUUGCAAAGUUUCACUUGUGUUUUCUGCCCAGAGUGCAUUGUUUGUGUGGAAGGAGUUUUCCAUAUAAAUGAAUGAUACUAGAAAAAAAAAUAAAGUAUUCUUAUAUAAGCCAGCCACAGAAUUGUGAACGCAUUGCAGUAAUACUACAAGCAUAGAGCAAUGUUGGUUAUCAUAGUUGUCAGUUACCUCUAGCUUGUCCUAAUAAUUAAUGGGAUUGAGAUUUAGAUGGGCAGGAGGAUUUGAUUCCUUUGUGAAUUAUUUAAGAAUUUAUAUGACAUACAGUUGCUGAAAAUGAGUAACUGAAAAAAUAAUACUGGUGCCAGUUGAAUAUUGAAUGUUGACAUGUGGCAUGAUAGCUUAGUGCUUAGUGUGCUGGUAAGAGGGAGACUGUUAGGGCUAAUUUCCUCUCAUACUAAGGCCUGUUUUCCCUCAGUUGGGGAAAGGUACAGACUUAGAUGGGGAAUUGUGCCCUUGCUGUCCAGCUGGAGCAGGAAGCCAGCAACUUUUUGUUGGUAUGUUUGUGCAUGUGUGUGUCUGUGUGUGAGUGUCUGUAUAUGUCUACUUGCAUGGACUAGGAAUGGUUUGUGCAGUACCUCUGAAGAGGGAAAUAAGUGAUGUGUACAAAUUUUUGUUAAUGAAGCAACUUACACAAAGCAGCAGUAGCACAAUCAGUUUCUGCCCAUGUUGCUUGUUUUCUUUAAGAAAUAAAAAUAAGAACAUUU